AAGCUUACGUUCCAAUUUAUGGGUCUAACGAGGUUCCGCUGGGACUCAGGAACGAAAGCGUUAAUCUUCGCAGUGUUUUCUGUCACCAGAAGGUCACACCCUCCUAAGACGGCUACUUAAUAUUCCACUCUCGCGAGACUAUGAAAAAUGUGAGGCUUUCGAUUAACCCCGCCCCCAGCCCUAUUAGUUACCGAGCAACGCUGCAACCAACCUCCACAGUGCUGAGAAACGUAGGAGCUCGUGAUCUGUCCCCUUCAGGAGCCGCUGUCGGUGAUUCCGACUUGAGCCCCGCCCCCUGGAUCCUGCAGGUGCUUGAUUGGUCCAUGGUUCUCUCCAGACAUCUGAAGAGCUGCCAUGUCUGAGAAUUGUGCAUCUUCCUCAGAACAGAACAACAGCUAUAAAACUAAAACCUCAAAUCUUCGAAUGUCAGAGAAGAAAUGUUCAUGGGCCUCCUACAUGACCAACUCCCCCACUCUCAUUGUUAUGAUUGGUUUGCCAGCCCGGGGUAAAACCUACGUAUCCAAGAAACUAACACGCUACCUCAACUGGAUUGGGGUGCCCACCAAAGUGUUUAAUCUUGGGGUGUAUCGGCGUAAAGCAGUCAAGUCCUAUAAGUCCUAUGACUUCUUUCGGCAUGACAAUGAGGAGGCCAUGAAGAUCCGCAAACAGUGUGCUCUGGUGGCACUGGAAGAUGUGAAGGUGUAUCUCACUGAGGAGAGUGGGCAAAUCGCGGUGUUUGAUGCCACCAAUACCACCAGGGAGAGAAGGGACAUGAUUUUGAACUUUGCCAAGGACAAUUCUUUCAAGGUAUUCUUUGUGGAAUCUGUCUGCGAUGAUCCUGAUGUCAUCGCUGCCAAUAUCCUGGAGGUAAAGGUGUCAAGCCCUGACUACCCUGAAAGGAACAGGGAGAAUGUAAUGGAGGAUUUCCUGAAGAGAAUUGAGUGCUACCAGGUCACCUACCGACCCCUUGACCCAGACAACUAUGACAAGGAUCUUUCUUUCAUCAAGGUGAUAAAUGUGGGCCAGCGGUUUCUAGUCAACAGAGUCCAGGACUACAUCCAGAGCAAGAUUGUCUACUACCUCAUGAAUAUCCACGUCCAGCCUCGCACCAUCUACCUUUGCCGGCAUGGAGAGAGCGAGUUUAAUCUUUUGGGGAAGAUUGGGGGUGACUCUGGCCUCUCGGCACGGGGAAAGCAGUUUGCCCAAGCUCUACGGAAGUUUCUUGAGGAACAGGAGAUAGCAGACCUCAAAGUAUGGACAAGUCAGUUGAAGAGGACUAUCCAGACUGCUGAAUCUCUUGGGGUGACCUAUGAGCAGUGGAAGAUUCUGAAUGAGAUUGAUGCCGGCGUGUGUGAGGAGAUGACCUAUGCAGAGAUUGAGAAGCAGUACCCAGAAGAGUUUGCACUUCGAGAUCAAGAGAAGUAUCUGUAUCGAUAUCCUGGUGGGGAGUCGUACCAGGACCUGGUGCAACGGCUGGAGCCUGUCAUCAUGGAGCUGGAACGUCAGGGCAACGUCCUCGUCAUCUCCCACCAGGCCGUCAUGCGCUGCCUCCUGGCCUACUUCUUGGAUAAGGGCGCAGAUGAGCUGCCGUACUUGAAGUGCCCUCUCCAUACCAUCUUUAAACUUACUCCUGUGGCCUAUGGGUGCAAAGUGGAAACAAUUAAACUGAACGUGGAGGCUGUGAACACUCACCGUGACAAGCCAACCAACAACUACCCCAAGAUCCAAACCCCUGUAAGGAUGAGAAGGAACAGCUUUACGCCUCUGUCCAGUUCGAAUACAAUAAGGCGUCCGAGAAAUUACAGUGUUGGGAGCCGGCCCCUCAAGCCCCUCAGCCCUCUUCGUGCCCUGGACAUGCAAGAAGGGGCCGACUAGCCGAAGACCCAAGUCAGCAUUCCGGUGGUGUAACCGUGUGUUUCCCUCCUGCCCUUGCCACUACUCACCAAGGAGUCAUUUAACUUCCACCUGCUUUCCCACUCCUGACACCUCACCAUCAAUCUUAACACAAACACGAGGUCAUGUGUUUGCAGACCAACAGUAGCUCUUUUCCAGUUUGAAACAUCUCUCCACUCAGGGUCACGUUGGCAAGGUGGGACUUUUAGGACAGGCCCUCAGAUGGGGUGGCCUGGAGGAGGAGGAAGAGGAUACAUUCCCCUGGGACUAAGCGUGCUCCAUGCACUUGGUUCUUCUCUCUGUUCCCUGGUGUAUAAACUCCUCGUGUUGGUGAAGUGGAGGUGGGGUGGGGGGUGUCAGUGGAAGGGGACCCAAAAGCCCAUUUUUGCCUUUACCUUGGUUUGUAAUGUGUGUUUUACUCACAAUCCUUACUUGACUGCUUUCUUCUCCCUCUUUCAUCUCCCCUUCGGAUUGCCCAGUGUAAUGUGUGACAUUGUGGUGUCUGUCUAGGAAGGAAGGGGCGGUUGGUGAGAGAGAAGUCCAGGCUCUGCUGAUUCUUUCUGCAGUGGACCUGAAUGGAUCUGGACUGGGGGAGUCUUUCCUUCCCUUCUCCCUUCCUCUCCAGCCAGGUCCUGAGGGUCAUCCUAGGCUACAGAACAUCCACAGAAUGCUCUGGAGCUUGCAAGUGGACUUAGGGUGAGAGUUCUUGCUUCCUUUCAUGAGAAACAAUUCUAAGUCUUGGAUGCCCUGGGGGAAACCAUCUCUGAGGAUGUGGGAAAUAGAUUGGUUUGUAUUUUUAACUUGAAGAGCCAGGCAUAGGUCUUUUGGUGGCAGUGGAGUGGGGUUGAGGACAAUAGGGUGGUCUCUAGCUCUUGCAGGGCUCUCACAGCACAGUCAGAUCUUUUCUUCAGUGGCUUCCAGGUUCUUUGCCAAUGACAGCAACUUCCCUGCCAAAGCCAGUGACCUGUGGAGCUGUUUAGAAGGACAGAGUUAGAUUCAUGGAGUCACCAAUUAUGUUUGAAUUGCUCAGAGCAAAAGGCAGAGAAGAGUUCACUAAAGCUGCUUAUUAUUUUCCAGUAAUUUUCAGUACACUCUCCUUCUUAAGCUAAAAAAUUAAAAAUUUUUUACAUGAACAAUUUUUUCCCCCAAGUGUGGAAAAGCUUGAUGAUGAGUUUAAUCUCUCUCAUUGGGGUAUUCUUUUGUUCCUAAGGAUGAACUAUCUCAUUUCGAUGUCCAGAGGAGUCUUUGAGACCCUGUGGGUCUAGCUCUUGAUAGCUUGUAUUUAUCUAUUCACUUCUAUCAUUUUGUUGUCUUUGUUGUUUUUUAAACAGGACAUGUUUAGAGAAGGGAUUCUUAGCUCCUUUGGUCACACGUGAUGGAUUACCCUCUCAAUUUUUUAUGCAAAAUAUAUGAAUAUAUGUAUAUUUUUCUGAGAGGCAAGUUUAGAGUUCUCAUGAGAUUUUAAAAAGAGAUAAGUGCCUCUCCACCUUGAGGUUAUCAACCUGUCUUUUAGAGGUAACCAGUGGGAACAAGUUACUUUCCAAGGGCGUUUUUAUUUUGUUUUGAUUUUGUUGGUAAUAGAAGGCCAUUUGUCAUUGUUCUCAUUCACACGUUUUCCUUAGAAACCCUUCAGAACUUUUGAAACUCACACAUGCCCAUGUUCACUUUAGGCUUAAUACCAACUCAGAAUCUGUCGGAUUGAGGUCUGGAUGUGCAUGUAUUUAAAUAGCUUCACUGAUGAUUCUGAUUCAUACCCCAGGUCAAGAACUCUACCUUAUGAAGUUGGGUGGAAAAAUACUGGGAUAGUAGUUCCUUGGACAAAGUGUCAACCUAGAAAUUCUGAAUUCCUCAUGGUUCCAAAAGGACAGUUCUUUAGACUUAAAUGUUCAAACAGAUCACAAUAUUAAAUGAAAUAACCUCCUUGAAGGCAGGGUGAUGUGCUUUAGAAUGUUAUUCUAGGUUCUAGUUCUGUCUUUAACCCUUUACAUUGCAGGGUGGUAUGGGACAAAUCACUAAAUGAAAUAAAUGUCCUUGGAUAGUAGCUGGGAAUUUUAAGCACCUGGAGAGGUACUGAGGCAGAACCUGUAGGGAGAUAAAGGUAGUCAUCACAGGCAGCUCACUUCUGACCUUGAGUCCUUUACUCUUACAUCCUGAGUAGGGUACCACAGCCAGUUUCCACAGGCUGCUUGACAUUGCAUCCAAGAUACAAGGUAACUUGCUAUUCCUGUUAGCCAUUACGUAAU